AUGUUGCAAGUUUAUUUUCAUAUUAUUACUUAUUAAUUUUACAAAUAUACUUCCUAUUUUUGGAAGCCAAGUUUUAAUUGAAUGGACCAUCGAAGAAAAUGGAACAGAGAUGAAUAUGAAAGCAGAGCGGCAGCUAGAUUAUCCAAUAUCACCGAUUUGACUAAUGAAGAAGAGAAAGAGUAUGUAUCACUCGAUUUUGCAAGGCCAAGAGAAUACAAAAUAAACUUUGAAUCUUUCCGGUCUAGAAAAGAAAUUAUAGAUACAGCCACUCACAAAUCAUUUCUUUCAGGAGGGUUCCACUGCUCGGUUUGUGAUAUAAUUGUAAAAAAUGACAUUCUUUAUUUGGAUCACCUCAAUGGAAGAAGACAUCAAAAGCAUCUUGGAAGAUCGUUAAAGACAAGGCGUGCAUCAGUGCAAGAGGUAAGGUACAAACUGAGAUCCAAGAAGAAAGAAUUGGAAGAAUCUAAAUAUACAAAUGACCUGGAAACUCCCAAACCUGAUAUUGAGGAGGAGGAACAGAAGGUGACUGAUAUGGAAGUAUUCAAAAAGGCCAAAAAAGUUAGAGUCAACGAAGAAGAGAAAGAUAACGAAUUGCCUUCAGAACUUCAACAAGUGAUGGGCUUUAGUAGCUUUGUUUAUAAUCAGAAAAAGUAGUCCAAUUACAUUUUUUUCAGAAAUUUGAGUAACCAAUGAAAUUUAUUCUCUCACAAGUAAAUACUGUAAGUUCAAAGCUAAAGAAAACAUCACAAAAUGAAUCAUUAAUGUUUUUCAGUAACCAUUUCUUAUCCGAACCUUCACAACCAAAAAACCAUCUUAUCUUCUUGAUUUAUUUACUCCUUGUUCCUCUAUUCGUUCGUUCAACACGAGAUUCCAAUCCUCAAAUCUGUUUAUUCUUUCUCAUAGAACUGUUCCCUAUAAAAAAUCCUUCGUCAUACGUGCUACCUCGUUUUGGAAUUUCCUACGAGCCUCUAUACGGAAAUCCUCACCCUUGACCUUAUUUAAACACAAUUUAUUAUUCCAUCUCCUUAGUUAUCAAUCUUCCGAAUAUAAGUGAAAAUAAAGUUAUUUUAUACCUUAGAGAUGUCAGCUACAAUAUAUGUAUAUCUUGCAGAUAUUUAUGUGCG